CUGCACUUGCCAACUAUGAUAUCAUUUGGAGUGNUUUUUUGGUGUGUGCUGUUUAAUCAUAACACAGUCUUCAAUGCUGAUGUGAACAUGAUCGCAGCCCACACUGGCUUCAAUUGGUUACAGUUUUACAGUUGAUUCUGGCGGGAGAAGCAAUUUGAGUCGUGGUGGUAUUUUCACAUGUCUUAUGAUGUUUGGUUGCAGUAUGAAUGCAGAUGAAACGUUUGACUAUCUCUUCAAGAUAGUUCUUAUUGGUGAUUCCAACAUUGGCAAGACCUGUGUGGUUCAUCGUUUCAAAUCCGGCAUCUUCAUAGAAAAGCAGCAGAACACCAUCGGCGUCGACUUCAUUGUCAAGACACUGGACAUCGAUGGCAAAAAGGUCAAGGUUCAGGUGUGGGACACGGCUGGACAGGAGCGUUUCAGGACAAUCACACAGAGCUAUUACCGAAGUGCUCACGGUGCCAUCAUUGCCUAUGAUAUCACCAAACAAACCUCCUUCAACUCUGUGCCACACUGGAUCAACGAGAUACAACGGUACGGAGCAGCCAAUGUGGUCCAGAUGCUCAUCGGUAACAAAGCCGAUCUGAAGGAUAAGCGGGAGGUUCCAUUUGAGGAAGCCUGCAUUGUGGCCGAGAAGUUCGGACUGGUGGCAGCGCUGGAGACCUCGGCCAAGGAAUCUCAGAACAUCGAAGAGGCUUUUCUGAUGAUGACGCGGGAGCUGAUGGCGAGGAAUGGUCUGCACAUCUCCUGUGAGACCAGCAGAAGCAGCUUCCACCUGGACUCCAGGCCUGUGAACCUUCCUCUGUCCAAUGGGAAAAGCGGCUGUUCUUGCUGAACGGCAUUCCCUGCCAGUGAGUGCUCCAGGACAUUGAACAGAACUUGGACAGAUGUCGGAGCCGGGCCAGCCAACAGUCCAACAGAUUGAACCCAGUUAGAAACUUCCUCACCAGCAAUCAACAAUCACAUGACCAUUCAAAUAGACAAUUAUUGCAGGUAGAAAUCCAGAGCUUUCACGUCCCUUAGGAGUGGCAUAAAGCGACUUUUGGUGCAGACUAAACCUUGCAUACAGGAAGCUCGAUUAAAAUCCGUUU